AUGGGGAUGUUUGGUUUGCCAGACUUGAGGCGAAGUGGGGAUUCGUUGCUACUGUCUCCUGGGUUGAACGUUGCUGUGAGUACAGACAGUUUCGGCAGGGUCAUUCUGAUUGAUCUGGUACGAGGAAUCGCCGUCAGGAUGUGGAAAGGUUACCGCGACGCUCAAUGCGGAUGGAUAUCAGUCACCGAGGACAUCCUGAGGGACAAGUCCGACCCAGCAGCGACCAAAGCUCAACGCCAACGGACGCGACAGUUUGGCGCCCGAGUGGCUUUAUUUCUUGUCAUCUACGCACCGCGACGAGGCAUUCUGGAGAUAUGGAACACCCAACAGGGACCCAGAGUGGCUGCCUUCAAUGUACCCAAAUCAUGCCAGCUUCUCUGUCCCGGCUACGGCAUGAUGGGUCUCAACAGUCUCUCUAUUCAAGACUCUAGAGCCAAGCCUCGGACAUUACAGUGUUGCCUCAUACAAGCAGACGGGUUAGUCAGGACCAUCGGCGUACCGUUCCAUCUGGCACUGAGUGAUAAAAACAGCAAGAGGGCCCAUGACUUACAUCUCGUCAAGAAGCUGUCUGGGCUUCUACAUCAUAAGUCCACAGUUAAAGAUCCACUGGGCGAGGCCAUUACAGCAAUCCUUGUAGACAUCAAGAUCUCAUCAUAUAAACAGCAGGCCCUUGAAAAGGUCCUUCUGGCCCGUGGCAUGAGCCCCUUAGUCCUUCUACAUGUUGUCCGGUCCAUGGCAUCACACCUACAAGCGCAGGAACCAGACUGCUUAGACUACGAGGGGCGAUGUUUAUUGCACUACUGUACACUGCAAGAGGAGCUGCUUCAGGUCUAUACAAAACUGCAGGGUCUGCAUACGAUACAGGAGGACAGGUGCGAAACUGAAACACCUGCUAAGGAUCUAGCUGCUGCAUUAGAUGUCACCCCAGACAGCAUCAACUCAUGGCAUCAGCAGGUCCUUACCUACCUUGUGGUCGCCCAUCACACCAAGGUUCACUUUGCCUCUGAUUAUCACAUGGAAGCCUCAGCCUUCGUUGGUUGUUUCCAGUCCUACGUGGAACAUCAGGAGGCAAGGACGUCCGGGCCUGAUCAAGGAGACAGGGAGGAGGUGGAGGAAGGAGGCCCAGAGGGAGAUGAGCUCAAGAUGAGGUUGAAGUUUAAGAGCACCCUGACUGAGGAAUAUUCCAUCAAAUUAGGUUUGUUUUUGUAUGGUGGAUGUUUGAGAGGCGAGUGUUCUGCAGACGACUUAUGUGCAAUUAUUAAGAAAAUGGACAUUCCAUCAGAAGAACUCAUGAUAUUGCUUCUGAAAGUUUGGCUUCAGAACGAACAAGAUUUCCUGAAGCUGCGGUCUCACACCCUGACCCUCCACAAUCUUUUAGUGGCGCUCUCACAGUCGACUCAAGCGAGCAAGAAGGCAACGUGCUGGACGGAGAUGCAGAAACUACUCAGCAAUUCAGAGAGGGUCGGGGCUGCUCUAAUGGCAGCAGUAGUUGCUAAGCAAGUUGCCAUGGAUACAGCGAGUAGCCAAUCAGCAAGUGAGACCUCAGAAACCCUGGCGACAGAUGAGGCUGGCCUCGAUGACGAACAUAGUAAAACAGAAGCUGACGAUUCACAGAGCAGCGCGAUGGACGUUGACGCAUCUGGUGGGGGAUGGGUGGACAUAACCCUGGACAGACAACUAUGGGACCAACUUGCAAGACGUCUUGAAGAUGUGCUGGCGUUGAGCUGUAUUGCGCAUUCCAAACCUAGCAAGGAUUCUUUCUCACAACCUGAGAAGGCUAGCGCCAAGGCCUGGUCAGCAAGUCAAGACAGUGGCGCUUUAAUCAAUGAGGGUCAACUUAUUGAGGUGUCUGUUACCAAGAUACUGGAGGGAGGGAAAGGAAUCAUAGCUGAAAUCGUAGCGAGAUGGGUGGCCCAGCACGGAGUACCACCCAGUUUCUUGUCUAGUUGCUCUGCAAGCAACCAUGCCCUCGUAGAGUCAGCAAGUGAGGGGACGAGUUCUGAUGAUGUCGCGAGGCAACUUAAAGAAUUGCUGCAGGGUCUGUGCUCAAGGUUUCCACGCAGUCUAUGCCAUGAUGUUAUGCAAGCUCACUGUACAUGGGAGUAUGUUGUACAGUGGAAUAAGAAUACAGAGGUUACAGAUUUAUUCCGAUCAGCUUUGGGUCAUUUGCAAACAAUCCGUAAUCCUCUUCUACAACAUGGUAUAGCCAGCAUGAUGUGGCACACCUUUGCAGUCAAGAGAGUUUCUACAGCGGCAUUCCUCAUCGAUAAAAUCGGCAAAGCACCAAAGGAAAGAUUGUGCCGGAAGGAUGUAGGUAUCAGUGAUGUAUCUCUUGAUAGGUUUAUGGGACUAUGCUGUGAACUUCUGGACAUGAUUUAUGUGGUUGAGACGGAGUCUUGUCUUGCCCCCUCUCUUGAGGUUGAAGACCUAUGGCAAGGUAUCCAGGGCCCGACACCGCUGGCUGAGCUCGCUGUCAGUCAGCCUCUACCUAAUCACUACAUGGUGGAUCUACAUAAACAGCUUACUACGUCCCUCCAUGCAAUUUUAGUGUUCAAUAUGAAGUCCAUCAAACCUUUGAAGGUGUUAUUCGACUACAAGGCCAGGAAUGCCUUCUUUAGGGAUCUAGACGCUCCUGUCAUGCAACCCGCUGGAGAUGUAGACCUAGGCAUCCAAAACAAUCGCCAACAUUUCAUGACAAGAAUUAUAACCGCCGCUGUGGAGAGCCUCCCUCCAAAUCACUCGGUGGACCCCUCCCAGGCUGAACGGAUCUGUCACUCCCCGGUUCCCUCAUCCCCGGCGCCCGGCCCGAUGGAUAUACGUAGGAUACGUCGGAGUCAUCCCGCUCAUGUCUGGCCAGGGCUGGCGAUUCAGUUAGCGAUAGCGUUCGGUGGAGAUGUGGACUCGCUGAAGAGACAUCAUGUGUGUGAGUUGUAUAAGAGUGGAUACGACACCAUGGCUCAGGAGGUUCUUGUGACUGUAACAGAAAGUACUCAGAUGUCCAUCCAGCUAAUUAACGUGAUAGGUCUUCGUCUAGCUCAGAUGUUUAUUCUCGAUGCAAACACUGUGAGUUUAUCGAGACAGUCUUCCCUGCCAGCUUCACUCAUCACUUGGCUCAAAGUUUUGGCUAAAGAACCAACCUUAAGAUGUCCCCAUCCGCCCGUUCCAGACACGGCUCAUAUCGUCAGUAAAGCCGUUGGUCUUCUUCCAGAGACUCAUCCUCAGUAUGCACUUGGUCUCCAGCUGGUGGAGGCAGUCGGCUCGCUCACAUGAAGGGGGGGUUUAGGAACUUAAGGGCUAUGAAAAUCAUUGCGGUACUCGCUGCUAAAAUUUAGAAUUCAAACUGCCUCUAACCACCUGGCAAUCCCGGUGGUCUAGUUGGUAAUAAGACACUGCUCUAGAUUUGC